UGUCCUUCAUCACUUUGUUCGUGUUCCUCAACGAGUCGCGUUGAGUGCCUUUGAUCUCGAUACUAAAACGGCAGGUUUACUGUUUUCCGAUUCAAUCAGACUUUCUUAGGUAUCGUGGCAUAAAUCAGCAGGCAAUAAACUCAUCUUCGUUCGAAAAAUGAAGCUCUUAGCGUUAGCCUUUUUAGUGAUUUUUUCCUUCGCUGCUGCUCUUGCAAAAAUCGAGACCGAAGAUGCGGUUUUAGUGCUUACGAAAGAUAAUUUUAAGGAGGCUAUUGAACAAAAUGAAUAUCUGCUUGUCGAAUUCUAUGCCCCAUGGUGCGGGCAUUGUAAGGCUCUGGCUCCUGAAUAUGCCAAAGCAGCAAAGAAGUUACAAGAAGCUGGUUCCUCUGUAAAAUUAGCUAAAGUUGAUGCUACCGUGGAAACAGAAUUAGCUGAAGAACAUCAACUCGAAGGAUAUCCGACUCUUAAAUUCUAUCGUAAAGGUUCUGUUAUCGAUUACACUGGUAAUCGUCAAGCAGAUAAUAUUGUAAUGUGGGUAACGAAAAAGUCAGGUUCAGCUGUUAAAACUUUAACAACGGUUAAGGAAACUGUAGCAUUCAUCGAAUCGUACGAUGUUGUAAUUAUAGGAUUCUUUAAGGAUGUAAACUCAGAACCAGCAAAAGUAUUUUUGGAAGUUGGAAAUGCUAACGACGAUCAUGUAUUUGGUAUAAGUAGUAGCGAAGAAAUAUUCAAUGAAAAUAAAGCAGAAGAUAGAAAAGUUAUUCUAUUCAAAAAGUUCGAUGAGGGCGAAAAUGAAUUUAACGAUGAAUUUGAUUUUAUGAAAUUACAAAACUUCAUCUUUGUGCAUUCACUGCCUUUAGUCGUUGAUUUCAAUCAAGAUAGUGCACAGAAGAUCUUCAGUGGCAAUAUUAAAAGCCAUUUUCUCUUGUUCCUUAGUAAAGAAGCUGGUCAUUAUGAUGAGUAUGUAGAAAAAUUGAAGGAACCAGCAAAGAAAUUCCGUGGAGAGGUCAUAUUUGUUACAAUUAAUGUUGAUGAGUUUGAUCAUGAACGUAUCUUAGAAUUCUUUGGUAUAAAGAAAGAGGAAGUACCUGUUAUGCGUAUCAUAAAGUUUGAACAGAAAAUGCCAAAGUAUAAACCGGAAAAGCCAGAAAUAACCAGUGAAAAUAUUUUGGAAUUCAUAACAGCAUACGUUGAAGGCAAAUUGAAAACCCAUUUGUUUUUACAAGAUUUGCCUGAGGAUUGGGAUAAAUACCCUGUGAAAGUUCUUGUUAGUUCUAACUUCCAUGAAGUUGCACAUGACAAAGAGAAGAACGUUGUAAUCGAUUUUUAUGCUCCGUGGUGUGAACACUGCCAAAAUCUGGUUCCUAUUUAUGAAGCACUUGGAGAGAAAUACAAAGACAAAGAAGAUAUAGUCAUAGCAAAAAUGGAUGCUGUUGCAAAUGAAUUAGAAGAUUUGACAAUUCAGAAUUUUCCUACAAUUAUGCUUUAUAAAAAAGAAACUAACGAAGCUGUUCAAUACAAUGGUGAAAGAACACUUGAAGGACUUUCCAAAUUUAUUGAUACUAAUGGUGCUUAUGGUGAAGCUGCAAAAGAAACUCAAGAGGAAGAUGAAGACGAUGAUGUGCCAAGAAAAGAUGAAUUAUAAACUAUGAUCAUUAAGGAGUAAAUCAAAUAAUUUCCCACUUCUAUUUGCAGUUGAUAAACUUCGUAAAUCUACUUAACAGAUACUAAUUUAUAGAAGACUUUUAAAUCAUUCAUCUUCAUUUUGUUACUUUCAGACUUACGUUUAUAAAUCAGUUUUUAAAAGUGUACAAUUAACAAUUAAGGGUUUACUUGCAGUUUUAUACAGGGGUUGUUCAUAUAUUUAUACAAGGCGAGUUACUUAAGAUUGGAGUUAUAAAUAUCAUAUUGGUGAUAGUGAAAAAGAUUCGUGGAUGGAAAUGUAUCACCAAAUACAAUUUGUAAUUCAAGUCUCAGAUAACUUGUCCUAUACUGUGCAGAGAUUAUUUGUUGGCUAGGCACAUACGAACUGUAAGUAUUUGUUCUUGACAAUUAUUAUUGCGUAGAAUUUAUCGAAAUCCUAUUAUGAAAUGUCAGAGAAUUUUUUUGUUUUAUUCAUAAUUAAUACUUUGAGUCUACGUGUACGCCAAUGUCGCUCACUAUGGCUCUAUCUAACUCUAUCUUGAUACGUAGUUGUGAUUGUCUGAUAAUAACAAUGCUUGUGAAUUGAAGUAGCGCUAUUAUAUUACAAUCAGACUGCUUAACCAACAAGUUAUCUCUGUAAAGUACAUAUAAAACGAUUUACAUAAUUUGUUUAUGAUAUAUGCUUUGUAUAACUAUCCAAAGUGAUAUAUUGCAUAUAAUUGGAAGAAAAGUUUAUUUUAUAUAUGUUAGAUUUAAAAUACAUUUAAUAUGAAUACGAGAUGUGAAAAUUAUUUAUAUAUAAAAAACAUAAUUUAGGAGCGGAGCAAUCACGCUAAUCGUAAAGCUCGUACGUCUUUUUACUGAAACUUUGCACCCUUUAAAAACUGCAGUGUAUACAUACAAUACUUUUACUCGUGAUAUUGAUGUAUAAAGAUAUAAUUUGUGAAGAAUUAUUAAGCUAAGACUCCCGCAUAAUUAUGAAUCGCAUUUUAUUUUUAUAAGAAAAUUUUGUUUUUUUUAUUUCAUAUAUACACACUUGCGCGCGUGUAACACACAACACACAUAUACUAGAAGUUGUUGUCCUUUUAAUGGUAAAAGUAGACAUUCUGAAAUGUCAUUUUACUAAAAUUUAUGAUUCAUAAAUACAUUUCCAUUACAGCAUUUAAAAUGAUCUAUAUGAUCGUUUUGUGAACAUUUAAGUUAGACACAAUUUUAGUGUUUCCUUAAGUUAGACUGAAUAAAAAUUUUAUAAAUGAAAAUUUUAGGUAUGGAAUUAUCAGUGAUAGAGAUGGAAAAUAAAAUAUUCUUA